GAUAAUAUAAAAAUAAUAUUUAAAGGUAAAUGCAUGCGGAGCAGUUACAGCGGAAUAUUCAUUCUUUGAUAAGCAAUGGAGUGGUUUACGACAAAUGAUGGAAAAUAUAGAAUUGAAUCUCUGUCAGCUGCGACUUUGUCUGGGGCUUUAAAAUUAAUGGAUGAACAUUUUUUCAAAGAUGAACCCGUGUGUAUCGGAACUGAAAUGAACAUUAAUCCUUUAGCAAGGGAAGAUAUGUUAGAACUGUGCGCAGACGCAGCAUUGGACGGCAUGUCAUUGGUAGCUAUUUCUAAUGACAGCGAGGAAGUCGUUUCGGCCCUUUUCAAUAAGUUGCAGGAAGUACCCACAAAUACAUCAGAGAAGACAUUUUUUGAAACAUUUUCUGAAGAACGCUGCAAACAUGGACCGUCUCGUGCUGUGGUCAACGUGAUGGUUGAGUUAGAUGCCAAGUGCAAUUUUUAUGAGAAAUACAAUGCUGAUUGCGCCUGUGAAUUUAUGUUUUUGGGAACCCACCGUGAACAUAGAAGGAAAAACCUCGGAAUGUUACUGUGUCGAACAGCAGUGGAACAAAUAAGAAAAUUAAAGUACGCUCCGGCCACUCCUUUGACUAUCCAGGACCUAGGACCAAAGUACUCGUUUAUGAAGCCAAGGGCACCAAUUACGAAAGUGCCUCAAAUAUGUCAUGCAUUGUGUACAGCGGUUGCGACUCAAAAAAUUUUCAAGUCUUUGGGGUUUGACGAAGUCGCCACAUUCCCUUUGGCAGAUUUCACCUUUAAUGGAAAACCUUAUUCGACGAGAGGAGUGACAGGCUUCUGUAUAGCCUAUGCAAUGAGAAUCAAUUAUAGUGGGAAAGAAAGCGAUUUCAGACCACAAGAGAUCACAAAUGAAUUUCCCAAAAACACUUUUUAUAAUAAUAGCCCUAUGACUGCAUUGAGUAAACUGUAGCCAAAAUUAGAGUUGAGCCUCGGAACGAAUUUUUACCUAUAUAAUUUUACCUUGACGUGUUAAACGUUUUCUCAUAAGAUAUUGUCAUGUCCGCGUGAUGAGAUAAUAUAAUGAUAACGGGGUCCGAAGCCGAUUUUGGCUACGGUGUCUGUUCUAAUUUCAGAAAAGCAGCCAGCUCUGCAGGUUGAAUUACAUAUACUUAGUGCACAAGGGUUGCGCAGACACAGGUGCACUCAAUAUUCUUUCACUCUCAUAGUCCGAUGACAUGGCAAACUAACAUGACAGUCAGACAUGAGUGAACAUGAGUUUAGAGAGAUCGAAGGCGCAGAAUUGAUAUUUACGUGUUCUCCAAUGCACGGGUCAUUUUCGUUGUUUAAUAAAUAAAUAAUAGGUGUGUCAAGUCUAUAUAUAA